AUGAAGCAACAAAGCAACUUCGACGAUGCCAAAGGGAAUCUUGCAGCCAGCAAUGAUAUGGAGGAGAAAGGCAUCAGAACGGAAGGUGCCGAAAGGACAACUUCCGCGUGCACCAGUAUUGGUCCAAAUAUUACCGCAGGCGUUGGAAUGGGUAGUGGUUUGGUGGAAUCCCCACCUGAGGCAUCUUUGAGCAGUUGUGGAAUUAGUUCUGAAGAAACAGCUAUCGUCUGUAAAGAAGCUAAUGCUAAUUCCUCAGCUGCGUCAAAAAAGGGUUUAUCCCGCACUCCAGACGAACUGGCUGAGAAACUGAAUGCCGCACGGGGCAAUCAUCAGCCAAGAUUCCGUUCAAGCUCAGGACAGGAUAGUGCUGUUAGAAGUAGCGCAAUGGGAUUUCACGGGCUAGGACGAUCCACAGAGGAGCAGCAAGCCAAACGGGGGGUUGCCUAUCCAAGUGGUAGAAACCCAGUCACCAAUACCACAGAAGCAGCCUUUGCUCAAAAUCAAACGACUCAAGCCGGAUUCAGAGUAGUACAGAUAGAGGGUGUCUCUGGCGAUAUUCUUCGCGAUAUUCUUCACCAUGCAAAAAGUUUGACUCCUUUUCCAAGAGGUUCCGCAAAUGCCGUGAGAGCUGGAAGUAGCCAGUAUCUGGCUAAUGCUCCAAUACUCCAAGAAACAACGAGACAGACUGCCCACCCACGAAGUGGUUCCAGUCUUUUAUAA